AUGGUCGGUAACAAGGAAGAAGAAGAAACGCAAGAGGAUACCGAAGUACGCGAAAAGGACGAAGGAACAGAACCCGGCGACACAACGCGCAAGUCAAAGGACUCAAAGGCUUUUGCGGCCAAGUAUGCGGCCGAAGGUCCAGCACAGGGCUAUGGGAAUAUUACGGUCGAAACCAUUCGGGAGGAUGAGACUAAUCCUGUAGCGGCCGGGUUUCGAGAUGCACAACCUAUUAUCGAAAGGAACGAUAAUGAAUGGAUGGCAUACAUGAAAAACUUUGCGAUAUUUUUGCGGAACAUAAAAGGCGAUAACCUGCCGGAAAUCAAGAUUGCGGUCAUCGAUAGUGGUAUUGACGCCACAUUGAAUAUGUUCAAGGGACGAAUUGCUCUCGGCAAGUCCUUUUGCCGUUAUCCAGAUUCAGGAGAAUGCAUAAGCCAGUAUUACGUUCCGCCCGAUGAUCAUGGGACAAAAAUGGCAUAUUUUAUAUGUCAAGUGUUCCCAAAGGUAAGACUAUACAUUGCGCGGCUCGAUAGUGUCGAGUCGAGUCAUGGGAAACAACAAUUUACGGCCAGAUCAGCUGCAGAGGCAAUAGAGUGGUCUAUAGAGUGUGGUGUGGACAUCAUCUCAAUGAGCUGGACUAUAGAAUCAAAUUCAGCCGAGGGGCAAGAGAUAAAGCAGCUCAAGGACGCGAUUUCAUUGGCAGAGAACAAAAACAUUCUCAUGUUUUGCUCAGCUGAUGACAAGGGAGCCAUAUCAAGCGACCACUGCUAUCCCAACGCUUGGAAGAAAAGCCUUCUUAUUGGGGCAGCUAACGAGACUGGUAGUAUGUGUGACUGGGUUCCAACUCAUCAAGGCUCAGAAAUGUUCAUUUUCCCCGGCCUUAAUAUUCCGUUUUCCCCGUGGAUCGAUGCACCAGACAAUCUUGAGUCUGGAAGUUCUGUUGCCACCGCAAUAGCAGCUGGGCUUGCUGGGGUGCUGUUAUUUUGCGACGCACUCAUUAAAACAACAUCAGAGCCAAUCGCACGACAAACAAUACCAUCAAUCACUAACCAUUCGCAAAUGGCAAUGCAGUCCAAAAAUACCGAUGAUGACGACGACGAUGACGACGUAGAGUCUGUCGUAAGUGACGACGAAUCGGAUAAGCAACAGGGCAUCCCGUCACCUAUCAACGAGUGGCUCGGGCAACGAUUCCCUCAGCAAAGCCAGUCUGAGCCGAAUAGCAGCUACAUAGCUAAAUCUGAGCCGCUCAAGUCAAAGGCUGGUAUGGAGCGAGCUUUGUCGAAUUUAUCGGAUAAGGGACGUGGGAAACCCUAUUAUCCGAGACCUGAGAAGGUGCUGGACGAGAACUUUCAAUAUUGGAGCUGGAAGUUGCACCGUGCUGAGGCGAAAGAGGCGUUGGCAAAAUUCAUGACAACAGUCAAGUGCGAUGAGGCCAAACCAAAGUGUGUUCGUACAAGCCCCGAUCCAAUUCUGUCUACAAUAGACCGCUGCAAGUCUCUGAGGUCAGAUGUUACCAAUAUCCUCGAUUCCGUAUCACACCAGGCAGGGACAGCAACAGGCCAAACCGCUGCCCACAACGGUGUACACACGGAAGAGUCGAUGCCUCUCAUGUCGGCAGAAAGCCGCGAUCGCCGCUAUCUCGAACUCCGGCUGCUUCACCUGUGGACGACCGAAGUCUGUUUCACGGUCCCAGGCUGUUAUGAACCCCAAAACCUCAAGAUUUGGUCUCGGGAUGUCCCCAAGAUUGCACUUGACUAUGAGCCUUUACUCACCGCCAUCUUCUCCAUCUCUCUUUUAUACAUGGUCUUUGGCAACUCCCAGGCCGGCAUUCCGGAGGCCGAGCUUUUUGCGUACAGGGCACGAUAUUUCGAGGCGACCGUGCGGCACCACCGCAAGGCACUUGGCUCUAUGGAUCACCAAACUGCUAAUGCGGCCGGCUUCACUUCCAUCAUUCUCAUUUUUGAUGCCUUUGCUAGCCUUAGAGAGCGUUGGAUGCAGCCGGUCCACCCCGGCAUGCCGUAUAAGCCACCGACGGCAUGGCUUCAGAUGUGUAGAGGAGUCAGAAAUGUUGUUGCGCUCGGCCUAGACAUGAUCGGCGAAGACUCUGAUGCGUCUCUUAGUAUCAUAGCCAAGGGGGCUUCUCUCUUCGUUGAUCUAGAUACCAUCUAUUCGGACGCGAAUCGUGCGAAAUUUGCUUACUUACUGCCUGCAAAUGCCGAUACGUCUCUGGAUGACCUUGACUAUGAGGCAUACACAACCGCGAUUGCGUACAUCGGGUCGGUCGCGGCAGCAAAGGAAGCUGGAGAAGAGCAUCCGAAGAUAUGUCGAAGACUUGCGAUUUUCCCCACCAUCUUGCACGACCGGUUCCUCACCCUGCUCGACAUGCUAAGCCCACGUGCCAUGGUUAUCCUCGCGCACUAUUUUGCUUUGCUAUAUACCCUCGACGGCCUGUGGUGGGUGGGCAACUGCCCAGAAAAGGAGAUUGAGGCCAUCAAGGCCAAUCUUGGUAGCGAAUGGCUUGGUUUGAUGGAGUGGCCGCUGCAAAUACUCCGCGAACAUGAUCAAACAUCAGCCGGGGCAGCGAUGAGACUUUGA